UCAAAUAUUGACAUAAUUAAAGACUCAAAUUAGCUGAAAUUAGCUAAUUUCGUAACAGCAGAAUGAGCUAAACGGUUUGCUGCCGAGCAUGUUGUAGCCAAAUACCACAUGUCAUAAAUAGUUAUCAAACCGCCCAUGCUAACGGGAGAUGUAUACUUUAGAUAUAUGGUGUUUCAGCAGCUGCUUUUGAUCGUUUUCUUUUCAGAAACAAUUAUUGUGUUGGUGACGUGCAUUGAAUCAUUCAGACAGAAAACCACAAGAUGGCGCCAUCUUCACCUCCUAACCUUUCAAAAAAAUUUAACUGCAGAACAACAAUAAUUUGACAUCACUGAACCACACAAACUGAUAUAACAGUAGUUUCUGUAUUAUUGCUGUAUAUAUUUGGACAGUCUUCAUAUACAUCAUGAAGAAAAUCAAAGAACUAAGUGUGUUAAAUAGAUUUUAUGAAUGUUUGUUGGACAUUCUGAACAUUUUGACAUGAAGAUUUUAUAAAAACCUUUUGCCUGUCUACUGAUUAGGAGUGAAAAAUCAUGAUCCAACAACGCCGCAUUUGGGAAAAAUAUGAUCCAGAUUACUUUUUAUAGAUGAUAAUGAAGAUAACAGUGCAGAUUAUAGGAGCUGAGGAAAAGUGGGUUUUGGUUUGAGUUAUCUGGAGUUCAUUUUCCAACAAAACUAAUAUUUGACGUGGCAGCAGCUGAGCGAUGUUACAGUGGGAUGUGACUGGCAUGGGUCUGGCCUGUGUGUGUGUGUGUGUGUGUGUGUACUGGAGCUGGGCUCCUUCAUGCUGGCCCCCACACACCACAGCGGACCAGGAGACCAACUGCAGCAAAACUCUGAUCAGGAGCUCAAGAUGAAGCUGUUGUGGAUUAACGCACUCCUCGGCAUUUUUUCUUUCCAUCUCUGUGUGGCCAGAGUGAUUCCAGAAGGAGUUCCAUAUGACGAACCUCCAGCUGUUCCCUACUGGCCUUACUCCACCUCAGACUUCUGGAACUACGUUGAAUACUUCAGGUCCAUCGGCGCCUACAGCCACAUCAACGAGAUGGCUCGGGCGUUCUACGCCCACCAGCACCUCGGAGACACCCUGGGAUACGAGACCAACGCUGGACAUGAACACUGAGAGGACAGCCAGGAUGUUUAGAGAACGAAACCAAAAUAUUCUGAUCGAGAGAGCGAAAGAAAAAGGGAAAGAAAGAAAAAGGGUAGAUAUAAAGAGCCUUUAUAUCUACUUUCAAUAGUUUGAAGCAUAGCGAUGAAUAUAGGGAACAGUGAAGCUUUGUUGGUAGAACUGCAUAAUAUAUCCAUGUACUGUGUGAAAAAUAAACAAGACAUUUUGCUUCUAGAUAAAA